UCGUUUUAUCAGCUAAAGGACAAUAUGUCUACCGGAAAAUUGCUCUUUAAUACACUUUGAAUAAUUUUCCUGGAUCACGAAUAUCGCAGAUAAAAAGUUCCUGCGUUUUUUUUUUUUUUUGAGACAAAACAUCCCUUUCUACGUGUCUCUGGCUCCGCGAGAGGUCUCUGUAAUCCUCUCUGCUGGCCCGUAACGGCAAAAGCAACAGGUUCCAAUUGAAUCAUUCAACAAAGGAGAACGAAUCGCAAGGGCAUCCGAGGAGGACGUGUUUCGAUCAGAUUUAAGCUUAGAAGCUUAAGAAGACGGAAGAUUGAAAUAACUUGAAAGAACUGAUAACAACAAAGAUCCAACCAUGUUUAACAACAAAGAUCCAACAAUGUCUUCUCAAGAAGAUGUGAGUAACGGACGUAUGGCAAAUUUUAAAUACACCAAUAGACUUGAUGAAGCACGAAGGAGAAGGAACAUAGUGUACACAGAGCUGCGCAAAGCCAAGAAGGAUGAACAAUUGUCGAAGCGACGUAAUCUCAACACGGAAGAGGAGGUGUUGAAUCUGUCGUGUGAAGCUAUUUCGCCCGGCUUUUCCACCAUAGAGGACAUUGUGGCUGCGAUGAAAUCGCCGGACGAAACGUUGCAGUUGCAGGCGACACAGACCUGCAGGAAAUUGCUGAGUCGAGAGAAGCAUCCACCGAUAGAGACCAUAAUAAAUCGUGGCAUAGUGCCGCGCUGCGUCGAACUUUUGAAUUGCCACCACAACGUUGCCUUACAAUUCGAAGCGGCAUGGGCGUUGACCAAUGUGGCUUCCGGCACGUCCGAACAAACGCAAGUCGUCAUCAAAUACGGAGCCGUGCCGCGUUUAGUGGUGCUGCUGAAAUCCCCGUCGGCUAACGUUGCCGAGCAAGCGGUGUGGGCUCUCGGAAAUAUAGCCGGGGACGGGCCACCCGCGCGAGAUCUUAUUCUCGCGCACGACGCUGUGCCUCUUCUUCUUGAUUUAAUCAAACCGGACACCUCCGUGACGUUUAUGCGCAAUAUCGUUUGGACAUUGUCUAACUUGUGCCGGAAUAAGAAUCCGCCUCCGCCAUUCGAUAUAGUUAAAACUGCCCUUCCGGCAUUGAAUCGUCUGCUUACAAGCCCGGAUCGAGAUAUACUCGCUGAUACUUGUUGGGCACUGUCUUAUCUCACCGAUGGGUCCAACGACAAGAUACAAGCCGUACUGGACAGUGGCGUCGUGCCUCAACUUGUGUCAUUGCUCACGUCACAAGAAGCAACUGUCCUCACUCCAGCGUUACGUACGGUUGGAAAUAUAGUGACCGGCGACGAUGCUCAGACCGAUUCUAUUAUCCUGGCGGGAGGCUUGAAGCAUCUCUGUAACUUGUUGAGUCAUUCACGGAAGAACAUCAUGAAAGAGGCCGCUUGGGCGAUCAGUAAUAUCACGGCUGGCAAUACCGAACAAAUUCAACAUGUGAUAAACGCCGGGAUAUUGCCCCCAUUGAUUCAAGUACUUGAUUCCGGGGACCUUAAAGCACAAAAAGAGGCUGCAUGGGCCGUGACUAAUUUGACAUCAGGUGGAUCGUAUCAACAGCUGGCCGACUUGGUACAGGCGGGUGUACUGCCUCCUCUUUGUAAUUUAUUGGCCGCGAAAGAUUGGAGUACCACCGUCGUCGUCUUAGACGGUCUGACCAACAUCUUAAACACGGCGGAGAAAUGCAACCAGGUCGAUCAAAUCGCCCUCAUGAUAGAGGAAAUCGGAGGGUUGGAUAAAUUAGAGGCUCUUCAACAUCACAAGAACGAACAGAUUUACCAGAAAUCUAUGGCUAUGAUCGAUACAUUUUUCUCCGGGGAUGAAGAACAUGCGAGCCUUGCUCCUGCGGCAAAUGAUGAGGGACAAUUAGAGUUUAAAGCACCGGAGAGUACGUCGACGGACUUCACCUUUUGAACGCGUAUAUCGCGAUUAUCUGGGAGGAAAUGUCAGUGAAAGAACCUGUAAAUACCUACGAGACUUGAUUAUUCUAACGAUGUUACAGUGUGUAAUUAUAUCUUGCAAAUCAGUGCUCGGAAUUAUUUCUACAAACGGGGCGAUCUUCGAGGGCUACGCCUCCUUGCUUACCUUCGUCGCGCCAGCUUGUCUCGCGGAUUACGCAGCUAAUAGACCGUCAGUGACAAGUCGCGGCAUUCAGCCUCGGGUCGGUUGACAUUGUUACGAAAUCCGUGGGGCGCUUCCUGAUAUCCGAAAGUUCACAUUGAGACAGCUCCUUCACAUAUAUUUUUAUACGCUAGCAUAGACACUUAUAUACAUUUAUAUAUUGUUAACAUUAUGAUAAAUCAAUUAUAAGAGUUGUUUCGAUAAGAAUUUUUCAAUUAUUAGGAAACGCCUCGCAGAUUUCGCCGCCGGCCGAACUGGAGCGGCAAGGAGAAGGCAGGGGGGAGCAAGGAGGUGUGGCGCUCUUAAAAAUCGCCACGUUUGUACGAAUAGUUUCGAGCACCGUUAUAAACAGCGUUAUCGACAGAUGGAAAGUGAUCGUAAAUUCACCGAACAGAAAUAACUGGCUUUUUUUUCGGCAAAAUUUCAAAUUCUUAUCUCACUAUGCCGCCUUGCAAAUGCUACCGUGAACUUGGCCGAUUAGAUUUUUUUUUUGUAUCGAUUCUUCGAUUUUUAUUAUCUCUCACAACCCUUUACACACGACAAUCAUUCUUUAAAUGCUCACACAAAAUCCCCCAUCGUUAUUCAUAAAUUUAAUUCCUCCCGAGUUUUCGAUACGGUUUAACGUAAUUUUUUAGAGCGAUAAGAGCGUUUUGCAUUGAGGAUAAUUGAGCUUGGGUUCUUUUUUUGUACGACUUAAUCAGAAAAGGAGAGAUGCGGCUUGAUUUCGCUUUACACUUCCCGUUUAUACAAGAGAUGAUUAUUAUACACGAAUCUUGAGUUCCCUUGCAAAUUCGAUAUGUU